UUCAGGCUUAGGACCAACUGAAGAUUCGCAAUUAUGAAUGUGAACAUGUUCAGUGAUAUCAAAGACGAGUUGCACGGUCAAGAGCAGGAUGUGGCAGAAGCAACAGCUACAGCAAAUACUCUUGCUGAUAUUUCCACUCUCAUAACGCAGCAGAGUAAGAAUUAUAAUGAUGGUAGACUUGGAAUGACAGAAUCGAGCGACAAAAGACCAAGACGUGGUCGUGUGGCGGAACACCCGUGCUGGGAAUUGGUGCAGCGAGUUGAUGAACAUAACUGCAUGAUUUGUAGAAUAUGCUCCAAAGUAGUAAAAUGUUUGAAUACCCGGAAUGCAAUGCAGCAUUUUAGUAGUUGUCACCCACAGAUUGCCGUUGAGCUUGAUCAAUCGUGGCAAAUGAAGUUGCAACUCAAAGCUGAUUUCAACCGCAUAUCUUCCGAAACCUCGUUAUUUCAUAGAAGUAUGUGGAAAAGGCGUGGUCGUGCAGCAGAACAUCCCAGUUGGCGUUAUUUCUGUCGAAUUAAUCGAAAAAGUUCCAAUUGUAAGCUUUGUGGUGUGCAUGUGGCGUAUGCAUGCUCUGGCAAUUUGAUGAAACACUUGAAGUCCAGACAUCUUGCAGAAUUUGCCAUAACUCAGCGAGAAUGGGACGAAAUUCUCAAGAGAAAGAAACAACUUUGCGAGUUGCGACUGAAGGUAAGUUCGAAUGUAUCCGGAUCUGAAGAACAGUCACCAUCAAACUUCUUAUCUUACGAUUAUGAAGAUGAACAGGAUGAGGGCCUAGGUGGAGAUGGGAUCGAAGGAGAGGAAGAUGGUAACAUGGAACUCUUCGAGCAGGGCAACGGGAAUGAGAAUGACGGUUCAGCAUCUAAUGAGACUGAUUCGAAGUUGGAUGAUUUUGAUGGUCAAACAGCUGCUGACCAACAUGAUGCAACACUCGAACAUUCCAUUGCAGAUGAUACAAAAAUAGCGGAUGUUAGUGAAACGGCAAACAGGAUUUUACAAUCAAUUGGGUUUUCAUCUGAUCUACCUAAAUCACCUUCACCUGGAUUGCAACAGCAGGGGUCAUGGCUUUCACAAACCUCUUUGGUUACGAAAAAUGACGCAUUUAGAAGGCGUAUUAGCUUUUUCGUAAACGGAUUGGCAGAAGAUUUGGUGUCAUUCCCAAUGGAGAAAUCAUUGUUGUGUAUGCGUCAAAUCCGAAAAUACAUGGAUGAGAAGUUGAUUGGACUGGAAGGAAGUAUACAAAAUUCAGAAGUAGACACCAAUAUUACUUAAUAAUCUUUCUUUAACAAAAUUAUAUGUCAUCUAGCUGUAAUUUAUACGUUAAAUGCUUGUUUAACUAAUUUCUGAACUCAUUCGAAGUAACUUAGUCCUAAUUAUAUAUAUAUAUAUAGCUUGUUUUGCGUACAGGGAAAGUUAAAGAUAAAGAACUCUGAUCAGGCAGCUGACUAUAGGG